UGUCAUAUUCCAACAUUGAUGAUCGACUUUAUAGGGAUGAUUUCAAAGGCUUUGCAGAACUUUGCUUCAAAGAAUUUGGUGAUAGGGUGAAGCACUGGAUCACCUUGAAUGAGCCGUGGUCAUAUAGCAUGAGUGGGUACGCAGUUGGUAGCUCUGCACCAGGUCGAUGCUCUUCAUGGCUACAAUUAAAUUGUACUGGUGGGGAUUCAAGCACUGAGCCAUAUAUUGUAUCACACCACGAACUUCUCGCUCAUGCAACUGCAGUAAAUUUGUACAAGCGAAAGUAUCAGGCAUCACAAAAGGGAAAGAUUGGAAUUACACUCGUAUCACAUUGGAUGGUACCUUACUCAGAAGAAAGACAAGACCGCACUGCUGCACUAAGGGCCCUUGAUUUUAUGUUAGGAUGGUUUAUGGACCCACUAACAACCGGCGACUAUCCACAUACAAAUUUGUUGAUGAUCUGCCCAGAUCAAUGAAUGUGAAGAUGAUGAUUGACAUUUUCAGGAACUUUGGUGUGGUAAAGGAUGUCUACAUUCCUCAGAAGAGAAGGAAAGUGAGGAAUACUAGGUUCGCUUUUGUCCGAUAUGACUGUGAAGUUGCAGCAGAAGUAGCUGUGAAAAAGGCAAAUGGGUUAUGGGUGGAGGACAAACAACUGGUAGUGAAGCAUGCGGAUUAUGGCAAGGUAACUCUGGAGGACAACAUCCAAUACCAUCCUAAACCAAGAGGUCCUCCAUAUAGUGG